UGGAGCCAGGCGCUGCCGGGUUGGGGGCCGUGACCUACCCCCUCAGCGAGGCAGAUCCCGGGCCUGGAGGAGUGGUGCGGGGGGAGGGGCCGGAGCACCACAUCACCUCACCAUCUAACAGGUUGGUCGGGCUGGGAGGUGCCCGCCCUCCCGCAGCUAAUGAGCACUGUGCGACAGGUGUUUGCUCCUCAGUCCCCAGCCCGGCCGGCCUGCGAAGGGAGCCAGCUGCCAGCGCCACCCCACAGAGGUCCCCUCGCUCGCUCAUCCCCGCGCCCGCCCCCGCUCCGGGCCCAGGGGGCCGCGAUGGCCUGCCGCUCCUGCGUGGUCGGCUUCAGCAGCCUGAGCAGCUGUGAGGUGGCGCCAGCGGGCGGCCCCCGGCCUGGCACCUCGGAAUGGGGCAGCUGCGAAGCCCCCGGGCUGGGCUUCAGCUCGCGCAGCCUCACUGGCUGCUGGUCCGCUGGCACCAUCCCCAAGGUGACGGUGAACCCCAGCCUGCUGGUGCCCCUGGACUUCAAGGUGGACCCGGCCAUCCAGCAGCAGAAGAACCAAGAGAAGGAGGAGAUGAAGGUCCUCAACGAUAAAUUCGCCUCCCUGAUCGGCAAGGUGCAGGCCCUGGAGCAGCGCAACCAGCUGCUGGAGACGCGCUGGAGCUUCCUGCAGAGCCAGGGCUCCGCGGCCUUCGACCUCGGGCACCUGUACCAGAAGUACGAGGGCCGGCUGCAGGACGAGCUGCGUGCGGUGAGCCAGGAGCGGGGCCAGCUGGAGGCCAACCUGCUGCAGAUGCUGGAGAAGGUGGAGGAGUCCCGGAUCAGGUACGAAGAGGAGGUCUCCAAGCGCACAGACAUGGAGUUUACCUUCGUCCAGCUGAAGAAGGACCUGGACACGGAGUGUCUUCGACGGACCGAACUGGAGACCAAGCUGAAAAGCCUGCAGAGCUUCGUGGACCUGAUGAAAACCGUCUACGAGCAGGAAGACAGAGGAGCCUACCCUCCCCUCGCCUUGGGGAUAAAAGGACUCAGGGGCGCCCCCACCAGCCCUGAACCCCCACGUCUGUGCCGCCAGGAGCUGAAGGACCUGGCAGCCCAAGUGAAGGACAUGUCCGUGACCGUGGGCAUGGACAGGCGCUGCCACAUCGACCUGAGCGGCAUCGUGGAGGAGGUGAAGGCCCAGUAUGACGCCAUCGCGGCUCGCAGCCAGGAGGAGGCGGAGGCGUACUCCCGCAGGCAGCUGGAGGAGCGGGCCGCCUGCUCAGCCGAGUUUGGAAACAGCCUCCAGAGCAGCCGCAGCGAGAUUGCUGACCUCAAUGUGCGCAUCCAGAAGCUCCGGUCCCAGAUCCUCUCCGUCAAGAGCCACUGCCUGAAACUGGAGGAGAACAUCAAGGAGGCGGAGGAGCAGGGGGAGCUGGCCUUCCAGGACGCCAAGGCCAAGCUGGCCCAGCUGGAGGAGGCCCUGCAGCAGGCCAAGAAGGACAUGGCGCGGCAGCUGCGCGAGUACCAGGAGCUCAUGAACACGAAGCUGGCCCUGGACAUCGAGAUCGCCACCUACCGCAAGCUGGUGGAGGGCGAGGAGAGCCGUCCCCAGGCCCCAAGCCCAGAGGAGCAUAAGCCGCAGGCUCCCUUCUCAGCCCACCCUCUCCCUCCUUCCCCAGGAUGGACUUGGCUCCGGCCGCGGUGGUCAGCACUGUGCAGUCCCGACCCAGGACGGCCCCUCCCCUCCCCCGCCCCUUGUGUUCCCUGUAGUAGCGGCCACCAGGGCCCACCUGGCCAGAGCCCCCUUCCGGAGGAAGAAGAAAAACAGCGGCCCCGUGAUCAAAAUCACCGAGAUGUCGGAGAAGCUCCUCCUGCAGGAGUCCGAGGCCUCGGAGUGAGGCGGGCGGACGGGGAGCCCAGGCGCCCUGCAGCGGAGAGCCUGGGGCCAGACUCACCACGCUCCUCAGAGCCUCUGGGAGGCCAACUCGAUUCUGCACUGAGAGGAGCUCAAACCACGAGUGUUUUCUCCCGGUUCCCCGGGCUGGGACAGGACCGCCACCCCUUUCCAAAGUCACUCCGCUCCGCACCAGUGCCUCCCAUUCCGCCUUCCACCCUCCGGCCAGAGGCUUCCUGACGGGCAAACUGGAAUGGGGGUCCGUUUCACCGCCACCUCCUCGCUCCUCUGAGACUCCCCCGCAACAGAGGGCUCCGGGCCGGUCCCUUUGACCCUUCCACCCAACCCUCGCCCCACACUCACAUCCCAAGCCUGGCCUCACCUCGCCUCAACCUCUGCGCGAGGCUGGUGCCCCCGUUCACCCAGUCCAGCCAUGGACCAGGACAGUGAGGAUCUGAAGUUUUGGGGGAAGAGGCUGGGUGCCCUGGCUUUCCUGCACCCCCUGGGCUCCCCAGAGAUCUGACAGUAUUAGGGAGCGAGGGAAGGACGCUCCCUGGGCGUUGAGGUCUGAGCCUGGGCCUCUGGGAUCAGCCCAGACCCCUGUGCCCUCCCUCCUCCUGCGGGGCCCUCCCAGCAGGUCACACAGAAACGGGCAGGCUGCCCAAGCAGCGCCCAGCACCUUCUCCAGAAGCUAUUCUUGCCAUGACGAACUCCCUGGGCGGGGGGGAGGCUGGACGGCAGCCUGAGACCAGGCCGCAGAAUCAGGUCCUCCCUUCCCCUCCCUGCAUCCUGGGGUUCACCACCCUGCCCGCGAUCUCAGCUCUCUGCCCCUCCCUCAGCUCCCCACCCCAGCAUGAAACCUGGCUUUGGUGUACCAGCGCCUGGCCCCACCCCUGUCCUGAAACCAUGGGCCCAUUUCCCAUGAGUCCCUCCUCAGCGUCUCUGUUCUCCCCAUCAAGCCAAGCAGCCUGGCCCUGCCCUCCUCUGCACUCACUGAGGAGCCCAGGAACACCCCAACCCUGUGGAGGUAGAGCUCCUCCUUUUCUCUCUCCCCGCUCCGCCCUCCGCCCUCCAUGUCCAUUCCCCUGACUCCUCCGGGCUGGCGAGGCCAUGAUGAAGGCACAGUCCAGGACGGUCUGGGACCUUCUGAGCCCCAGUGACAGCCAAAGAGAAAUUCUGCAUCCGAUAAGAUUUGGGGCUGGGAGGGGCGCUCCUCUUUCUUCCUCUUGGCUUUUAUCUUUGUAGAUCGCAGGGGACCGUGGCAGCGUCAGCCUCCCACUCCACAAGCCGCCUCCUCUCUUUCCCGCCCUCCUCCCAGCCUGCCCCUUGCUCCCCUCCUGGUCUAGCCCCAGUCUUGGAUUCAUUCAUCUCCUUUCCCAGGAGGCGUGGCUCCUCCUAGGGCUCAGGUCUUCCAGGCCUGUCGGGGGCGCUGAAGGGCUACUGACUCAGGCUCAGACACACUCAUCCUGAGAUCGCAAAGGGUGCUGAUUGCUGCUUUUUCUCUGCCUAUUUAUUGGUUUCCAAGGGAGCAAAUUUUCAGUGGGGAUACAAGAUACAUAUAAAAUAUAUAUAUAUUAUUUUUUCAUAACUUAUGUGGCUGUUAACUUAUUGCUUCCCUUCCUUUUCUGCAUAAUCAGUGCUAUAUUCUACUUGAAUAGAUAACGUAUCCUAGCCACCCCACCCGACUGGCUGACCACCUUGGGGCAAAGCCCCCUUCUCCCUGCCAAGGGAUGAAUAAAGUACUGAGAUCUGUUCGCGGCUAAA